CAAAUUUCCGGGCCGCUAACUUCUCACCUUCUCCGCGUCCGCCUUAGCCUCCAAUGGCAGUGCCAUUUCAACUCUCCCUUCGACCCUCUACUCCUCUUCUCUCUUCGCUGUUUCCUCAUUCGUCGAGAGUGAAGUCCUCCACUGUGAGGUUUCCCAACAAGACGAAUUCGGUCUCUUUCCGGUGCCGCUGCUCCAACGAGUUGUCUCCGCUUCCCCAGGAGUCGAGAGUCGCCUUUCCCGAUGGGAGGAGAUGGCUCUUAGGUCUCCUCAUCGCGUCAGCUUCUGGACUCAAUUUUUGUGGCAAUGCUGAAUCUGUUUCCUCUAGCAGGAGAGCUCUUAGAACGGCAAAAAUACCUGAAAGUGAAUAUACCACUCUACCAAAUGGCCUCAAGUACUAUGAUAUAAAGGUUGGAGGUGGACCUAAAGCUGUGAAAGGAUCGCGUGUCACAUUACAUUAUGUUGCCAAAUGGAAGGGUAUAACCUUUAUGACAAGCAGGCAAGGGCUUGGUGUCACUGGUGGAACGCCAUAUGCUUUUGAUGUUGGCCAAUCUGAAAGAGGAAAUGUCUUAAAAGGAUUAGAUUUGGGUGUUGAAGGAAUGAGAGUUGGGGGCCAGAGAUUGUUGAUAGUUCCUCCUGAACUAGCUUAUGGAAAGAAAGGAGUCCAAGAAAUCCCUCCCAAUGCAACAAUAGAUAUAGAUGUUGAGCUACUUGCUAUCAAGCAAAGCCCAUUUGGAUCUGGCGUGAAGAUUAUAGAAGGCUGAAAGCAUAUAUCCUUGCUGCAUCUUCCAAUUCUCUUUAUAUUAAUUCCCUUUUUUAUGUUUAACCUUUCCCAAGAAGGUUUAGAUGUAUUCUCAUUGAUGAAUCACAAUAUAAGAUAAAUUCAUUUAUGGCAUGCUUUGAUGAUAUCGUUCAA